UCAUAAUCCUAUCUUCUUCUUCUUCCUCCAUUGUUUCUCAACCAAGCAAAAAAAGAAAAUGCCUUCAUCACUGAGUUCUCUUUCUCCUACAGAAAACCCAUAUCUCCAUUCCCUUUUGGAAUCAUGCCGUCCUUUUCUCCGUGGAGAAUUCGAAUCAAUCGACAAAGAUCUCCCUAACCUUAUCGCCGUUUUACGUUCCGUCGGCGCCGGUGAGUGUUGGCAUAAACACGGCAGCUUUCUCGAUCACUUAAUUGAUAUUUACAAAAUUCUCAAAAUCUGGAAAGCCCCAAAUUCCGUUUGUCUUUGUGGUCUUUUCCAUUCAGCUUAUUCUAAUUCAUAUGUAAAUCUAGCUAUAUUCGAUCCGUCCACUGGACGUGAAACUGUACGUGGUCAUGUCGGUGAAGCUGCUGAGAGAUUGAUUCAUCUGUUCUGUAUUGUUCCUCGUCAGCCAUUGAUUCAUGAUGAUUUGUUGUUUCGGUAUACUGAUUCAGAGCUUGUGGAGCAUCUCGAGUUUUCGAUGGCGUCGUUGAGUAAUGCGAAGGAGAAGGGUUUAUUUAAUGAAAACGAAGCGUGGAGGAAGAAAUUGGUGUCGAUUUUGCCUGUUGAUGGUGUAAUUGUGAAGCAUAUUAAGACGGGAGAAGAUGUGUUGGUUUCGAGGAGAUUAGUGGCUGUGUUUCUCCUAAUGACAAUGGCGGAUUUCAGUGAUCAGUUGUUUAAUUUUCAGGAUUUGUUGUUUGAGAAUUCUAACGGGAGAUUGGAAUUCACUGGAAACAAUUCUCAAACAACUCUAUGGCCCGGUGAUGGAAAGCCCGGGCUAUGGAUGAAUUCCGUAUCAAGAAUGGGGGCAAUUUAUACUCUGAUAUUAAGAGAAGAAGAGAUGAUUAUUGAACAAAGAAAGCGAAAUGGCGAAGAAGGGAUUGUUGUAUCCGGGAGGGACGAAGAGAUUGAUCUUGUUAUUCCACCGGUUUUCGACAAUUGCACAAGAGUUUUGGAUGCAGAAGAGCAAAAAAUGGCAAGAGAAUUGUAUUGGGAAGGUGUUUGUGAAGGGUCUAAGAGAGGUUUAGAUUGCGCUAAAGAGAAGUUAUUGAUGAGUAUUGACAAGAACCCUUUUGUAGGUGAGCCUCAUGUAGUAUUGGGGCAAAUUUAUUUGAGCAAAGGGAAGUUUGAAGAAGCAGAAAAAGAGGCUGAAAAGGGGCUAAGAUUGAUCUUGGAAUGGGGGAGUCCAUGGGACAAAAGAAUGUCAUGGGAAGGUUGGGUUGCUUGGACAAGAGUUUUGUUGAUGAAGGCAAAAGACAAGUCUUGGCCACAAAAUUCAUGGGGUAUUCUUAAUUUGGGUUUAGUAAGGUGAAAAAUAGAUUUCUUAUGAUUUAGUUUAAGUUUGUUUGAUGUCAUAUUCAUGUUGGAUUCUCUAAAUAUAGUAUUUUAAAGGAUCUGAUAUGUACCCAUCUAUAUUAAUAAGAUGAAUCUUUUAUUUGUUUUUGUUUAAAUUUAAAUGUCUAAAAUUUGGUUUAAGUUGGGUGUUUAGUAUUCCUAAUAAAAUAUAAUAAGAUUGUGUAUCGAUCCAUUCAAUUUGAUUUUGAAGUUUAUC